AAAUCCGACGUAGACGGCGGCAGGCGGAGCCCAAGGCCAGUGAUGCAGGGUGCGCAGGGAUCCCACCUGGAGAGUCGGGGCGGCACGUUGAGACCCCAGGGGUGAAGGGCGGGGGAUUCCAAUCCCAGCCCUGUUUUCCCCUCCCCUUUCCCCGCCUCCUUCUCGCCCCUCCCCCCUCCUCCCCUCUGGUUGGAAAGUUUCUAGAAUCUCUUCCCAGCGGCCUUUGCGGUUCCAACAUGGCGGAGCUGACGGUGGAGGUUCGCGGCUCCAACGGGGCUUUCUACAAGGGAUUUAUCAAAGAUGUUCAUGAAGACUCCCUUACAGUUGUUUUUGAAAAUAAUUGGCAACCAGAACGCCAGGUUCCAUUUAAUGAAGUUAGAUUACCACCACCACCUGAUAUAAAAAAAGAAAUUAGUGAAGGAGAUGAAGUAGAGGUAUAUUCAAGAGCAAAUGACCAAGAGCCAUGUGGGUGGUGGUUGGCUAAAGUUCGGAUGAUGAAAGGAGAAUUUUAUGUCAUUGAAUAUGCUGCUUGUGACGCUACUUACAAUGAAAUAGUCACAUUUGAACGACUUCGGCCUGUCAAUCAAAAUAAAACUGUCAAAAAAAAUACCUUCUUUAAAUGCACAGUGGAUGUUCCUGAGGAUUUGAGAGAGGCGUGUGCUAAUGAAAAUGCACAUAAAGAUUUUAAGAAAGCAGUAGGAGCAUGCAGAAUUUUUUACCAUCCAGAAACAACACAGCUAAUGAUACUGUCUGCCAGUGAAGCAACUGUGAAGAGAGUAAACAUCUUAAGUGACAUGCAUUUGCGAAGUAUUCGUACGAAGUUGAUGCUUAUGUCCAGAAAUGAAGAGGCCACUAAGCAUUUAGAAUGCACAAAACAACUUGCAGCAGCUUUUCAUGAGGAAUUUGUUGUGAGAGAAGAUUUAAUGGGCCUGGCAAUAGGAACACAUGGUAGUAACAUCCAGCAAGCUAGGAAGGUUCCUGGAGUUACCGCCAUUGAGCUAGAUGAAGAUACUGGAACAUUUAGAAUCUACGGAGAGAGUGCUGAUGCUGUAAAAAAGGCUAGAGGUUUCUUGGAAUUUGUGGAGGAUUUUAUUCAGGUUCCUAGGAAUCUCGUUGGAAAAGUAAUUGGAAAAAAUGGCAAAGUUAUUCAAGAAAUAGUGGACAAAUCUGGUGUGGUUCGAGUGAGAAUUGAAGGGGACAAUGAAAAUAAAUUACCCAGAGAAGACGGUAUGGUUCCAUUUGUAUUUGUUGGCACUAAAGAAAGCAUUGGAAAUGUGCAGGUUCUUCUAGAGUAUCAUAUUGCUUAUCUAAAGGAAGUAGAACAGCUAAGAAUGGAACGCCUACAGAUUGAUGAACAGCUGCGACAGAUUGGUAUGGGUUUCAGACCUUCUUCCACCAGAGGGCCUGAAAAAGAGAAAGGAUAUGCCACUGAUGAAAGUACCGUCUCUUCUGUACAAGGUUCUAGGUCUUAUAGCGGAAGAGGCAGAGGUCGUCGGGGACCUAAUUACACCUCCGGUUAUGGUACAAAUUCUGAGCUGUCUAACCCCUCUGAAACGGAAUCUGAGCGUAAAGACGAGCUGAGUGAUUGGUCAUUGGCAGGAGAAGAUGAUCGAGACAGCCGACAUCAGCGUGACAGCAGGAGACGCCCAGGAGGAAGAGGCAGAAGUGUUUCAGGGGGUCGAGGUCGUGGUGGACCACGUGGUGGCAAAUCCUCCAUCAGUUCUGUGCUCAAAGAUCCAGACAGCAAUCCAUACAGCUUACUUGAUAAUACAGAAUCAGAUCAGACUGCAGACACUGAUGCCAGCGAAUCUCAUCACAGUACUAACCGUCGUAGGCGGUCUCGUAGACGAAGGACUGAUGAAGAUGCUGUUCUGAUGGAUGGAAUGACUGAAUCUGAUACAGCUUCAGUUAAUGAAAAUGGGCUAGAUGAUAGUGAAAAAAAACCCCAGCGACGCAAUCGUAGCCGCAGGCGUCGCUUCAGGGGUCAGGCAGAAGAUAGACAGCCAGUCACAGUUGCAGAUUAUAUUUCUAGAGCUGAGUCUCAGAGCAGACAAAGAAACCUCCCAAGGGAAACUUUGGCUAAAAACAAGAAAGAAAUGGCAAAAGAUGUGAUUGAAGAGCAUGGUCCUUCAGAAAAGGCAAUAAACGGCCCAACUAGUGCUUCUGGCGAUGACAUUUCUAAGCUACAGCGUACUCCAGGAGAAGAAAAGAUUAAUACCUUAAAAGAAGAAAACACUCAAGAAGCAGCAGUCCUGAAUGGUGUUUCAUAAACUGAAGAAGUUCCUAGUUUACAGUUCUUUUACAUUACAUUUACAAUAGUGCUUGUACAAGCUUGCCAAAGAUAGAAUAUGGAUCGCCAGUCUUUACAUCGCACUUUCAGUUCCUCCAUUUGGAAUUCAAAAAGGGGAGGGAUCCUGAAGAAAUCAUAUGUUAAACAUACUUUGACACCUACUGUGUUAUAAAAUAUAUCAUCAGAUGUGCCUUGAGAAUAGUAUAUGUAACAUUAAAAAAAAGUUGCUGGCUAUAGGAAAUGUUAUUUUGUUUUCAAAAUAUGGCAGAGAUGGGGGGUGGUGGGUGGGGUGGGAUCCCUAACGUAAUAUUCUUUAUGAAAGCAUUAGCUGCUUUUGUUACAUUUUUAAUAUGCAACCACUUCUUCACCUGAGGAAAACUAGAAUGAAAUGCAGUCUAAAAUAUUUUGCACUGAAUUGUAAUUUCUUCAUUAGUUUAGUCUGGAAACUGGUCUGUUUUAAUGUGUUUUUUAAAUGCUGUAUGUAGAGGAAAAUCUGCAGACCACUGGAAUACAUUUGUUAAACUCUCAUCUGCAGGGACACUGGGCGAUACUUGGCAGUGACUGUUCUACCUUGAGGCUUUGUUUGGUUUAUUUAUUAAAGUGUACAGUAUUUAAAAAUCAAACAUAGCUUUAGUUAAAACACUAAGCUGAAUUAGUCAUGUCCAUUCAGACAUAACCUGAACUACUGAAAAGAUCAAUUUCCAGAAGGUUUAUUCUGUAUAAACUACAUGUUAGUCUUCAGUAGAUUAUCUUUUUUUUCCUUUUUUUUUUUUUUUAUUUCGGUUGUUUGAUGUGCAAUAUGUUUUUGUAUGCAGGUAGUAAAUAAACUUUGAUCUUCCA